CAAUUGUAAUCAUAAAAGUUACCACAGUACUCGCGCAACCACGGACCUCAGUGCCUCGUUUAAAACCAUUUUUUAUUUAUAAGUUCUAAUUUUACCUUCAUUUAUUUUAUAAAACUCUAGUCAGACUCUUAGAAGAAAUUCCGGUGACCUCUGCAAAAAUUCAUGAGUCACGUCUUAUUCGUGGAUUUUACAUACGGUCAACUUGUUUAUUUUUUAAUACGGUGACAACCGCAUAUACCCAUACAUUCAUAUAUAGGUAUAUAUUUAUAAAAAAACAUGAGCGCUAAAAUAUCAGCAGCGAGACCAUCAGACGCUCAGUCUUCAUUGAGCCCGCGGUCGCCGAUUAUUUCUUCCAGUGAUGUCAGUGGUGGAAUAAACAAGUGCAAAGUAGUUAAUCUGGAAGUUAUUAAAUCCGGUGUAAAACGAUCCGCGGAUUUUGAAAUUGACACACCAAAUUUAUUGCUGACUAUCGGACAAGAUAACCACAAUAAUAAUAUAAAAGAUAGCAUGCCCUCGUUAACCAGAAAUUGUCCAACAAUUCCACGAAUUAAGCGUCUUAAUUUUCAACGAUUUAAAGUUUCUCCACCCUCGAGCCCGGCAAAUUACAAAAAACCAACAAUGUCAACCCUAGUCUACGAGCCAGUUUCACGACCUCGGGACAACCUGAAGCUGGCAUUGAACCGAAGUCUCUCCGAGCCAGGUCCAGGUCCAGCUGAACGGUACCUGCUAACCCCGACUUCGCCGACAUUGUCGACGAUUUCCUCCAGCAGCAGCAACCAGGAUGCCAGUGGUGGCAGCACCAAUAGCAUCGACAUCGGGGACGACAUUCACCGUCUCCACCACCAGUCUUACAAUCUUCAGUUCAACUACCUCCGAAGUGUCUUACCCACCAGCUCGUGUUCAAAGCGGUCCAAACUAGAAGCAGGGAUCGCCUCCUUACCAACGAGUCCUUGCCUCCCUGACGCGGGGAAUCUCCAGAGACAACUGGUGCUCCAGAAGUGCAGGACCAUCGAAUCCAAUGUUCUUGCCAGCAGGAUCAACACCACCACUGACCUGGUGAUUCUCGACUGUCGGCCGUUUACUGUUUACAAUGCUAGCCAUAUUCGCGGCGCGAUUAAUUUAAAUUGCUGCGAUCGCAUCAAUAGAAAGCGACUACUGCAGAAAAAAGUCGCUUUAGCUGAUCUCACUCCUGAGAAAGACGACAAGGAAUUACUCAGGCGGAAAAAUUACCGAGAAGUUGUCAUUUAUGAUGACUGCUCCGAUGGAUUGGAACAUUUGCCAGCGGAACAUCCGCUUUUUUUGGUACUCGCUGCUCUUGUUGAGGAUAAUAUAGAACCUGUGCUUUUACUUGGAGGUCACCGAGAAUUCCAGCGAAGACACCGCGACCUUUGCGAGGACACACUUUUACCGGGGAACUCAAUGUCCCUGCCAUCUGGCUGCCCGAGCCCUGGACCAGGAUGUCCGGUGAUAAUGAGUCCGUGCCCGACGACUCCCCAGCCGGCGGACAUCGACAACCAUCCGGCGUCGCGCGUUCUGCCGUUUCUUUACCUGGGGAACGGCCGCGAUGCCGCGGAUCUCCAGCUUCUUCAAGCUCUGGGGGCUACUCGUGUCCUCAAUGUUACGUCACAGCUACCUGGGUACCAUGAGUCACGUGGCAUCACCUACCUCCAAAUACCCGCCAAUGAUUCUGGGCAUCAGAACUUGAAGCAAUAUUUUGAAGAAGCGUUCAAUUUUAUUGAGGAUGCGAGAAAAGCCGGCUGCAGCGUACUGGUGCAUUGCCAAGCCGGAAUAUCACGUAGCGCGACAAUAGCGAUCGCAUACAUAAUGCGACACAAAGGCCUGGCAAUGAUCGACGCAUACAAACUUGUGAAAAAUGCGCGUCCCAUAAUAAGUCCCAACCUGAACUUUAUGGGCCAGUUGCUGGAGCUCGAGCAAGGACUGAAGGCAGCUAGCGAGUGCGCUCCCGCAGCGCCCUCGGAGGAACAGAACAAACAGGAACCUAACCUGCAGGAGGAGAAGAGUCACUACCAGUGGAGUCAUACCGAACAAGUUACCUCCGGCUGCAGUGUUUAGAUUGUUUAUUUAAUUAAUUAAGUGCGCGUAUCAUGUUAACAUAUCGCAACGUGUCUUUUGUUAUAUUAUUACUAUUAUUGUAAUUAAUUAAUCCGGCCGAUCGGUAAAAGUCUGAUGAUAAAUAUCUAAGAGAUCGCCGGCUGUAAUGAGAUUGUACUUAUAACCUAUAACAGGGAUUUGUGUGGACAUUGUUUUAGGACUGGACGGUUUUAGCUUCUCGUGCAGAUUUAGUUUUUAAUUUUUAUUAAAUUAAUAGAGAACUUGCAUUAAAUUAAUUAAUUAAUUUAAUUUAUUAAUUUAAAUAAUGAAAAUGAUAAUUCAAGUUUUUAUUUCAUAAAAUUGCUUUAUAAAGGGCUAAUUCAUUAGAAAUUAUUAAAAAAAGAGAUUGUCGAAAGAAUUCGACAAAAUGGCGGCUGGAAUUCCCGCGCCACAAAAUGGCGGCUAAUACUAAGCUAAUGCACUUGGAUUUUCCGUACAGCGCCACCUUAAAUAACAACUAAGUGACACACCUAACCUAAUAAAUCACUAUUAGGACAAACAAGCAAUUAUUAUUUAUUAUCUAGUUAUUUUUAAAUUAAUAAUUUAAAUAAAAAUAUGUGAUGAAGGAUUAAUUACUAUAUUUGGUAAAACGGCGGUAUUUUUUUUUUUUUAAACUGCCAACAAAUAUUUUUAAAUUUCGCCGGAAGAUGGCGUUACUAAAUGACGUCACAGCCAUUGAAUAAAGCUUCUAAAGAAGAAAUUGAAAAUAAAAAAAUACAAUAAUUUAAUGCAAGUUCUUUAUUACUCUUAAAAAUUUGUUAUCGAUAUUUAUAAUUAAAUAAAAGGUUCACUUUUUUUCUUUCCACCGAACUUGAAACAUCUUUAAUUCGCUUAAAAUAAAGCUCACGGGAAGACAAUUAAAUCGCGAGAUGGAGGAAAAAAAAAUGGCGAAAGCUCUUCCUUGGACAUUUAUAUUUUAGCACUUCCUAUACAUGUAUAAUUUGUUCCUGUAAUUUUUUUAGCAUUUAAGGGUCAUUAGGAUCCAAGUGAUCUAGUCGUUCGGGACAUUUUGCCGCUUAUUAAUUAAUAAUUAACCGUUUUUUUUUUAAUUAAUAGAGUUCAGUAUUGAUCGGUAGCUUACUUUGAUGGUUAAAUUAACCAUUAAAUUUAUUUUAUUGAUAAUAACAGUGUAAAUAUACCAAAAAUAUCAAAUGCAAGGAAUGAGUCGGUGUAUGAAAGUUAAAGAUGUAUAUUUAUAUUUAAUUAAUAAUGAAUGAGUAUUGAUUAAACAAAUUUAUAUAUAUUAAUUAUUUUUAAGGAAGAAAACAUUAUAAAUGGCCUACAUAACCUCAACUUGACAAUAAACAAAAUAAUUACAUAUCAGUAAUGAAAAAAAGCCUUUUAAAUUACGUAAAAUAUUUAAAUAAAAGGUCAUAUUUUUUAAAUUAGAUUUAUUGUAAAAUAUUUAUGUAAAUAUUUUGAGGUUUCGCGUGCAAAAAAAAAAUAGAAGAAAACAAAAUUGUCGUUUUAAAAGUAUUGUUUAUUUAUAAAUUUAUAUUGUAAUUAAUUUUAAGCGAAUCCCAACGAAUGUUUAUUUUUAGGUUAGCCAUUUUAAUUGAGAGGUUAAGUUUGUAAAUAAUUAUGGGGAAUAAUUUAAAUAAAAAAAAAAAAAAAGAUAACGCGUGAAUUAUAUAUAUUAUUUUUAAGAAAUAAG